AUGCCAGGAACAUUCAGUAAAAGUUUUAAAAUUUUAAUUGCUGACAAGACAUGCAGCGAUCUUGUUCAUCCAGGAUUAACUUGCAUGGAAGCAAUGAAAUUAAAUUUAGUCGAUGGAAUAAUCGGUGGAUUAAAAUUUUAUCUUCCUAUUUUCUUAAUUCCUUUGUUCAUGAAAAUAAAAGAUUGGAAGAAAGUGAAAACGUGGAAAGAUUUUCUCAAAGGUUACGGCAGAAGUUGUUUAUUUGCUUUGUGUCUGAAUUUUUGUUCAUUUACCGGCAUUUGUUUUACUUAUAAAUGGCUUCCAUUAUUUCUGACGUUACCAGCUGGUAUUGGUAGCUUAUUUUUCUGUUUUGUCCCACCGAAAGUACGAAAAGCCGAAGGUCAAGGAAUGUUUAAUAUGUAUGUGGAGUUUCUCAUUCGUCGGUCGCGUUCCAAGUUGAUCGCUUCCAUCAGACAAUCGAAAGUCGUCGUAACUUUAUUGUUUAGUAUUUUAAAUACUUGCAUCGUUUAUGGAUAUUUAAGAAAAGCUUCUAUAAACUUUUGGUUCACUUCGUUUCGAAUAACAAAACAAGAAAAUGACGACAAGACACUUGCCAAAGGUUGCAAACUUAUCCAUGACGAAAUCACGUGUUUUGAUUAUUUGAAGCAGGAACUAAAACAAACAGCGAAAUUUGCAUUUGCUUUGGCGGCAAUUAAAGCGAUACCAGGAAGAAUUUCUAUGUUGUACAAACAACCACUCGAAAUGCCAAAAAGGUUGCUAACAAAGUUCGAUUAUGAAAUGUUCAUGUUCAUCAUGAGUUUAAAUGGAAUCUUUAAGUAUCUCUUCUGUCUUCUUAAUCGAAAGUCAAGAUUUUCAAUCGAAACUAAUUGCAUUGUGUCAUCGUUGAUAUCAGGAGUCGGAUUUUUAUUCUAUCCUCAAUAUAUCGUCUUCACGAUGGCAAUGACAAACGCAGUAGAGUCAAUUUAUCAUUGUAUCGAACAGAGCUUUAAAAGCCGAGGGAAAGAACUGCCACUGGUCAUGAAACUGAUAAACAAAUUUCCACUGGUCUACUUUAUGUUUCUUUUUACUGCUGGUCUUGACAUUCAGUUGAGAAUUUUGUAUCCCAGUUUGGUCAACAAGUACACCCACAAAAUUUUAUCAGUGCUAACAAAUGGAAAAGGCGACGAACUUGCAAAAAAUGUCAUCAAACUCAUGAUUGGAUUCGAAUAA